AUGGGCUUCACUUCCAGCCAGAAUUCCAGUGUGGCAAAUGCUUCAAUGAUGUUUCCUUUGAUUUCCACACUCCUUCUGCUCCAGCUUCCACUCCUUGUCAGCUCCUUAGAAGGCACUGCCUGCUUUUCUAGAAUGAAGCGCAGGGCACACAUGGAUGGAGAUGUGAUGAUUGCUGGGUUCUUCCCUCUCUACACUUUGGGAACAGAUCACAGUAACAGUGAUUCUUCCCUUGAUGAAGCAAAGAAGCAGUUUGUUUUCAAGUACUAUCAGCUUGUCCUGGCCUUGGCUUUUGCUGUUGAGGAAAUCAAUAAGAACUCCGAUUUUUUACACAACAUGACUUUGGGAUUUGAUAUUUAUAAUGCUGAUUUGAAAGCUUGGUCUGCCUUUGAGAAUCCUUUUAUUUGGCUUUCUGGCCACAAGAAGAUCCCUAACUACACCUGCAUGGCAGAAAGAAAUUUUGUAGCAGUACUUGCAGGAACAUCAGGAAUGACAUCUGCGGAAAUUGGAACAUUGCUGGAACUCUACAGAUUUCCACAGCUUACCUUUGGGGCUUUUGAUCAUGUCCUGAGUGAUCAUGGCAAGUUUCCUUCUCUCUAUCAAAUGCCCCCAAAAGACACAUCACUAGCUAUUGCCAUGGUCUCCUUACUGCUUCAUUUCAGCUGGAACUGGGUGGGGCUAUUGAUCUCAGAAGAUGAGAAUGGUUUAUGGAUCCUUGCAGAACUGAGAGAAAAGAUGUACAAGAACAGAAUCUGUAUAGCCUUUGAGUAUGUGAUCCCAGGCAGUAGUCUGGCACAAGUAUUUGAUAUGAUGGCAAUUCAGAACCAGAUUAAUAAAUCAUCAGCAAAUGUACUUAUCAUUUAUGGUAAUAAAGAAUAUCUGCUAAUCUUAAUGAUAUUUCUUGGGCAAUUUUUAAUGACAAGCAAAGUUUGGCUCUUGAACUCAAAGUGUGAUUUAUCCAUUGGAAGGAAGUAUUUCAUGUCAGGUUCAUUCCAUGUACCUCUUAUGUUGUCACGUCACCAUGGAGAUAUAUCUGGAUUCACAGAUUUUAUCAGGGAAGUCAAUCCUUCCAAGUACCCAGAAGACUUUUAUCUUGCUAGGCUAUGGUUUCUCUUUUUUAACUGCUCCCAUUUUGAGUCUGACUGUGUACUGUGGAAGAACUGUCCAGAUGAUUCUUCCUUGGAAUGGUUGCCUGGGCAAAUUUUUGACAUGUCCAUGUCUGAAGAGAGUUAUAAUACAUACAAUGCUGUAUAUGCUGUGGCCCAUGCUCUUCAUGAGAUGCUUCUUCAUCAAACAGAAGAAGCAACAAUGGUUAAUGGGAGAUGGAUGGUGCCUUCUCCUGCACAGAUGCACCAUUUUCUGAAGAACAUCCAAUUUUACAAUCUCGCUGGAGACCAAGUGAUUUUGGAUGAGGAAAGGAAAUUAGAGGCAGAGUAUGACAUUUUAAAUAUUUGGAAUUUUCCAGAAGGUCUUGAACUCAAGGUGAAAAUUGGGAAGUUUUCUCCAUAUGCUCCUUAUGAUCAUCAACUGUCUGUAUCUAAAGAUAUGAUAGAGUGGGCCAUAGGAGCUACUGAGACUCCUCACUCUGUUUGCAGUGAGAGUUGUGUUCCUGGAUUCAGGAAAUCAUUUCAGGGAGGAAAGACUGUCUGUUGCUUUGAUUGUACCCCUUGCCUAGACAAUGAGAUUUCUAAUAGAACAGAUAUGGAGCAGUGUAUGAAGUGUCCAGAUCAUCAGUAUGCCAACAAAAAGAGAACCCAGUGCCUUCCAAAAGCUGCAAGUUUCCUGGCUCAUGAUGAACCCUUGGGCAUGGGCCUGGUCUGCAUGGCCCUUUGCUUGUCCACAUUCACUGCUCUUAUUCUUGGGGUUUUUGUGAAAUAUCAAGACACUCCCAUUGUUAAAGCCAAUAACCUGGCUCUCAGUUACAUCCUGCUUAUCUCCCUCAUCUUCUGUUUCCUCUGUUCCUUGCUCUUUAUUGGCCAUCCCAAUACUGUCAGUUGUAUCCUGCAGCAGAUCACAUUUGGAGUUGUGUUCACUGUGGCUGUUUCCACAGUGCUGGCCAAAACGGUGACUGUGGUUCUGGCCUUCAAGGCCACUUCUCCAGGGAAAAGGAUGAGAUGGCUGCUGGUUUCAGGGGCUCCUAACUUCAUCAUUCCCAUCUGCACCCUCAUCCAGGUGACUCUCUGUGGACUCUGGCUUGGAACCUCUCCUCCCUUUGUUGACACAGAUGCACACUCUGAACAUGGCCAUGUCAUCAUUCUGUGCAACAAGGGCUCCCUUACUGCUUUCUACUGUGUCUUGGGAUACCUGGUUUUCCUUGCCUUGACCAGCUUUACUGUAGCUUACCUAGCCAGAAACCUGCCUGACACAUUCAAUGAGGCCAAGUUCCUGACCUUCAGCAUGUUGGUGUUCUGUAGUGUCUGGGUCACUUUCUUGCCUGUCUACCACAGUGCCAAGGGGAAGAUCAUGGUGGCUGUGGAGGUCUUCUCCAUCUUGUCCUCCAGUGCAGGGUUCCUGGGCUGUAUUUUUGCCCCCAAGUGUUACAUCAUCCUGUUAAGGCCAGAUAGAAAUUCUCUCCAUAGCUUCAAGGGCAAAAUGCAUACUGGGAGAAAUGAGCCUUCUUAA